GCAAAGUAUGAGUAUGGUCUGACGUAAUAUAAUAAUUAAAGGAUGUUGUACAUACCUCUGUCACUAUAGUCUCCUCCUCUCUCUCGUAACCUCCUCCUCCUCAAUAUUACAUCAUCCACGAUGGCAGGCACAUGGUGUAUUCUCUGAGUUUCUUACUCAGAUUUGGUGGUGAUGGUGGUCAAGGAUGAGUCUCAACUGAAACCAUCAAGCUUGAUGUUAACAAGUCCACUCCUCCUCAUCCCUCCACGCUUGCCUCCUGUCUGUCCCCCCACGCCCCUGCUCCUGAUCUCUCUGUUCAUCAUGGCAGAUGCUGUCUCCACCAGCUCCAUGCGUCUGAAGCAGGAGAUCUCGCUGCUGCACGGUGUCUGCCUCAUUGUUGGAAACAUGAUUGGAUCGGGCAUCUUCGUGUCUCCCAUAGGUGUCCUUCAACACACAGGCUCUUACGGUCUAUCGCUAGUGAUUUGGGUUAUAGGAGGAAUCUUCUCUGUGUUUGGCGCCCUGUGCUACGCCGAGCUGGGCACCACCAUCCGCAAGUCCGGGGCAAGUUACGCUUACAUCCUGGAGUCCUUUGGAGGCUUCUUGGCCUUUAUUCGUCUGUGGACGUCUCUGAUGAUUGUGGAACCGGCCUGCCAGGCGGUCAUUGCUCUUACUUUUUCAACUUACUUAGUAAAACCAUUUUUUCCCACCUGCCCGGCACCGUACGAAGGUCGGCUCAUUGCAGCUGUUAUUAUAGGUCUUCUGACGUUUGUGAACUGUAUGAAGGUAAAAUGGGGCGCUAUUCUUCAGGUCAUCUCUACUGUUGCUAAAGUCCUGGCUCUUAUAGUCAUCAUCAUCGCUGGAAUGGUAGUUCUGGCUCAAGGGAAGACGAGCAACUUCCAAGAUUCGUUUAAGAACUCCAAGCUGAAUCCAGGAGACAUGGCUCUGGCUCUGUAUGCAGCUCUCUACUCUUACUCCGGCUGGGAUACUCUGAACUUCAUCACAGAGGAGAUUAAAAACCCAGAAAGGAACCUGCCGUUGUCAAUAGCGAUCUCCAUGCCCAUUGUCACAGUCAUCUACAUCCUCACUAACAUCGCCUACUAUGCUGUACUGGAUCAAACGACACUACUGAACAGUGAAGCUGUGGCUGUGACUUUUGCUGACCAUGUGCUGAGUUAUGCCGGUUGGCUCAUCCCACUGUCUGUGGCCAUCUCUUGUUAUGGAGGCCUAAACUCUUCUAUCAUAGCCGCUUCCAGAUUGUUCUUUGUGGGGUCACGUGAGGGCCAUCUACCCAACGUCCUUUGCAUGAUCCACGUGAAGCGCUACACACCGAUCCCAGCUCUGCUCUUUAAUGGUGGCAUGUCCCUUAUAUUCCUGUGUGUGAGAGACGUCUUCCAGCUUAUUAACUACUUCAGUUUUAAUUACUGGCUCUUUAUUGGCCUUUCCAUCGGCAGUCAGAUCUACCUGCGAAUUAAAGAACCCAACAGGCACCGUCCUGUUAAGUUGAGUCUCUUUUUCCCUAUAGUCUACUGUUUGUGCACCUUGUUUUUGGUGGUUGUACCUCUCUACAGUGACGCCAUAAACAGCGUGGUGGGAAUCGUUGUGGCUCUCUCUGGAGCUCCAGUGUAUUUCAUAUGCGUGCACCUUCCGCCCAGCUCCAGACCGGCCUUUCUGGGACAGAUGCUCGAUACGUUUUCAGUGCACACUCAGAAGCUGUGCUUUUGCUGCGUAGCAGAACCUGGUUUGGACCUUGACAAUCCACCAGAGCCGGACAAAAACGAUUAAACACAGACUCCAAAGGAAUCUAAUCCAAGAAAGCCGGAUUUUCCAGACCUCUUGGAAAAUAAGCCAAAACUCAAGACAGAACCUCAUGUUUGCAAUGCACAAGGAACAGAGAGACGGAUGUGUGUAAAGAUUAGGAUUGAAACACAAACACACCUCUUAUGCCUCAGGCCUUUGACUUCACACAUGUGAUGUGUCAUCAGUUUAGUUCAGUUUAGUGGACCAAACAGAGAUGAAUAUAAUUCAGUAACACUUUACAAUAAGGUUGGAUUUGUUAACAUUAGUUAAAUCACAAUGAACCGACAUGAACAAUUCCAUUGACAUGAACUCCUAGUAGUGCUGACAAACUACUAUAUUUAUUGUUUACUGUUAGCUUAUCUAUUAGCAAAUGUUAACAAAUACAACUUUAUUGUAAAGUGCUACCAAUCAUUUAUUAAGACUUUAAACAAGGCUGUGAAAGUGAUUUUAAUAUGAUGUUUUGUUUUAAGGUUCAGUAUCUGACUGUCUUGUAUGUUUGGAUUAGUUCUCCUUCACUGCAUUGGUCUUCUGCAAGGCUCCAUACUGAACAUUAUAACGUUUAUAAAAUCACUAUAAAUCAGCCGUAUGCGUGCUGUAAGAAGAUCAACACUUUUGUGUCGUUUACUGAUUUUGAGAGUAAUUGUUUGCUUGGCAAGAUGAAGGAUUGUGUUACAUUGAUACAGACAAGCCAUAUAUUUUUACCUAAAGUUGUGCAAAGUUUAUAUUUGGCCUUAAAAGCUUUAUAGGGGCCUUGUCUGUCUUUUUUUCUUCUUUGUGCAGCCUAGAUAUACAUAGGUGUUUUUGGUUUCAGGUUUUUUUUAUGAUUUGUUUACUGACAUUUUAAUAUGAUUUAUAUGUGUGCCUAUUUUUAAGGAGAUUCAAAUGUAUUUUUAUGCUGGAUAAUUUCUCAAGGCCCUAUAGGAAUAGCAUGAGUGUGGUCUGUAACUGCAGGAAUUCUGUUAUAUGACACCACUGUCAAUGAUUUUAGGAAUUUCAACACAAUGCAUCAUAUCUGUCAUAUAGGACCAGUAAUAGACAGACUCUAGUUUGAAGUUUAUGGGCAGAAAGGCAAUGUUUAAAAUCGGUUUUAGAUGAUGUUUACACAAUUGUUUAAUGAAAUGUAUGCAGGUUACUGUAUACCUCACUGUUGUCAUGCACAUAUAUCACUGUAAACCGCUGUACUUUAUUAUAUUUUUAAAAUGCUGAUCAUUCCUACACCAAAGAAUGACUGACAGGAACAGUAGUUUAUGCAUCUUAAAUGUACAGCAGUACCUCCUGUAACUGCUGUUGUUAUAUUGUUGAGGUCCAACACUUGGUUCCACUUAGUUUUAGUUACCCAAACAGUUUUUUUAAUCUGAUUUGAAUAUGUUCUUCCAUGUUUAUUGUAGUCAGCAGAUAAGGAUGGCAUUUUUAUCAAACAUGAUGUUCAGUGUGGUUGUUGACUUUUCCACUUUCUCUUACUUAAAUACUGUAUGUGCCUUAUCUAGUUCCUGUUCUAUGGCCA